CCCCGGCCCAGCGAGACCAGAGCUCGGGCCGGCCUGGAGACUGGUGCGGGACGCGAGUGCUCGGGGUGCGGGACACGCGUGUAGUAGCCCCACCGCGCACAGAAGAAGGGACACCUCCACAGGAGGGGCCAUCUUGGUUGUUAUUUGCCGCCAUCCUCCCCAGCGAGACGCCUGACCGACCUUCGUCUGCCUCCCCCAGCUUCCUCUUCCUCCCCAGCUGCAGACCAGCAUCCCCCAGCGUGACCGCAACCCCCUGUGCCGUGGCAGUGGGAGGUGAAGGCGAGGUGAUACCCAGCGUCCUGCCUGGGUUUUGGGGUGAUGGCCUAUUUCCGAAGCAGGAAGAACAAGCGGAAGGGGAGUCUCCCCUCGCCGCCAGCCUCACAAGCAGCAGAUUUGGGGUUGCUCAUCCAGGAGAGCAGUCCCCAGCCCUGGGUGGAAAAUGCUGGCCCCCGGCAGCCAGCGGAGGGGGACCCGGAGGAGGACGUUGCUGGGUUCUGCCGUCUCCCGCGCCCCUGUAAGGGCUGGCAGCUGAGCAAGGUCCUGCGGUUCCUGCGGCAUGACGCAUGGUUGAAGGAUGGGAGCAAGAAGCAAGGAGCCGAGGAGAGCCAAAGAGCCUCCGGGCUGCAGGCACAGGCUGCCCAGAGGUGCGCCAAGCUGGAGGGGAAAGUGCCAGGGCUGCCGGAGGAGUUGGGGACCAGCCAAAACCCCCCCCAAGGUGGGGAAGUCCACAGUGCGGUCCCAUUCCUUCGGGAUGGCAGUUGGGAUGAGCCAGUUGGCGAAUGGAAAGCAAGGGAUGGGGAUGUGCCAAGGGAAGGUGGUGGCCAUGGGGGUGAGGUGGGUCAGACUCAGCAUCUGGCCCAGGCAGGCACCAGAGGGGAUGUAGAAGGAAGGACCACUGGCUCAUCCCAGAGCCAGGGCUUCAAGGUGGGGGGCAAGGAUGCUGCCACCAUCCCUCCAGGUGACAGGGAGGACUUUAACCCUCUGUCAGCAGAGGGAAUGUAUGGGGGUGACCGGAGGGGGAAAAUCUGGGAGAAGCUGUGUCAGCAUGGAGAAGACAUGGCAAGGUGGGAAGGGAGGUCCACAAGAGAGCUGGCAGUCAGGCUGAUUGAGGUGAUCCUGCAGACAGACACCACUAUGUACCCUACGGAGAUGGGGAACAAGAGCGACUGGCAGGAGCAGGGGCCGGGGUGGGCGAGAGCCAGGGUGGGCAGCUCUGCAGACGUGUGUGCUUUGGUGAGCACCCAUGCAGACAUCUCCACAGCACAGCAGUGCCCACAGGACCUUGCCAUGUACCAUGAUGUCCCUGUCUCCGUCAGUGGAACCAUGCAUGGAGACAACCAGCCAGAGCCGUUUGGGAAUGAGCAGAUGUGGGAGGACUCCGAUGAUGAUCUCCAGGAGCAGGGAGGUCCAGCAGCAAUUCCUAGUCCUUCAGUGCUGAUCCACCGACUCAUGGUGGUACGGGUCGAGAGCGAAGAGCAGUGGAGAGAGGAAUUCCCAGACGUGUGGUCACGGUAUGAGAUGGACUGUGGGUUGGUGUCUGGGGAGGAGGAGGUGAGCGGAGGACCGGUGCCCUACAAACCGCAACCUCCAUUGCCUGCAGACAUGGAAAGGGUGGUGGCGAGCAUCCUGCAGGAACUGCUGGAUGAUGGCGUGGUUGUGGAAGGCAAAUCUCCCUCCAACAGCCCUUUAUGGCCCAUCGAAAAAAAUGGGAAGAUGCGCCUGACACUGAAUUGCAAAGCUGUCAACAAGGCCACCCCCAUCGUGGUGGCUCCAAUAGCCCAGGACAUAACCAAGCUCGUUUCAACCCUCAGCCCCAAGAGCAGGUAUUUCUCAGUGGUGGAUCUGUCGAACUCUUCCUUUGCCAUCCCCUUAGCAGAAGGUUCCAGAGCCAGGUUUGCCUUCACCUUCAGGGGCCAGCAGUACCUCUUCACCCGGCUGCCCCAGGGCUUCCACAGCACCACCUCCAUCGUGAACCAGCGGGUGACCCAGAUGUUGUCCCAGCUUGCCCAGGGAGAUAAACCUUGGGUUAUUUCCCACAUCGAUGACAUCCUCAUUGCUGGGAGAAGUUACAAGGAAACCAGAGACCGAACAAGGACUGUCCUGAAGCUGAUCCAAAAAACCGGCUUUAAAGCCAAGUUUGAGAAGGCUCAGCUUGUCCAGCCCAAGGUGGUCUACUUUGGGAUGACCAUUGGGGACAAGGGGCGGGAGAUCCAUGCCAGCAAGCGGGAGGACAUCAGCAAAAAGCCCUCCCCGCAGGAUGCCCACGAACUCCGCUCGCUCCUCGGGCAGUUUGGCUCCUUGCAGGAUCACAUCCCUGGCUUCUGGGAGAUGGCCUGGCCACUCCACCGCCUCACCAAGAAACAGGUCAAGUGGGAAUGGAGACCGGAGCAGGAGGAGGCACUGAACCGCCUGAAAUAUGCCGUCCUGGCUGCACCCGCCCUGCGAUUCCCUGAUAAGUCCCAACCCUUCUUUAUCAGGUUAACAACUGGCAAGGAGGCGGUAGGAGCCACCCUGCUGCAGGAGGAUGAAUGCGGCCAGCUGGUCCCAGUGGGACACAGCUCCCGCAUCCUGAAGGACCACGAGGUCUCCUACCUGCCAGAGGAGAAGGGGUGCCUGGCAGCGGUCUGGGCCGUGCAGGUCUUUGAGACCCUCACGGGGACGGCCCCCAUCCUUAUCCAGAUGCCCCAUUCCCCUUGGAAAUAUCUCCUAAGGGGUAAAGUGUUGCGGUCCCAUGGAACAAACCCACACCCAGCACAGUGGACUCUGCUGCUGGUGAACCAUGGGGCGAUGGCAAAGGCCCACCCCACUAACAUCCUGGUCCCCAUCGCUCCCUCCCUUCGGCAGCUGGACCCCCACAUCCCCAAAGCCAAUGUGUGGUUCACAGCCAGCAAGAAGAAUUGCUCCAUUGGCUUUGCUGCAGUCAACCUAGAAGAGCGGUGGCUGCUCGGGGUGACCAAGGGCGGCUCAGUGCCAGGCGCGGAGCUGGUGGCUCUCAAGCAGCUCCUGCACCAUCACCAGCAUUCCUCACCCCUCUAUGUGUACAUGAGCUGCUGGUCCUUGGUGGAAAGGUUGGAAAACGAGACGGGUGAGCAGGAGCGGGGAAGCUCCGGCAAGGGUUUGUGGCCAACCAUCCUACAGUGGGUCCACAGCAACCCAGGGAUGCUGCACAUCAGUUAUGUGGGACAUGGCUGGAGUGAGGAGCUGGAGAAGGAGUGGAGCCUGAAAGUGGCCAGGAGGGCUAGGGCGAUAUCUAGUGAGGCUGGGGGCAGCUGGCAAGUUUGGGAGCCUUCGAAGCAUGAGAAGCAAGAAAUAAUCGCAGUGUGUCACAGCUGCCUGCAUGAUGGGGUGGAGGGGACACUGGCACGGGUGCGGCAGGUUGCGUCCUGGGAAGGUGACCACCAGCAGGUAUCCCACUGGGUGCAGAACUGCCUGCAGUGUACGGAUGGAGCAGUCAGGGUGCUGCCCCAGCGGAUAGAAGGGCCGUGGUCGCAGCUCCAGCUGGGCUACAUCAGUGGCCUUACCAAGACCGAGGACGGGUGCUGCUCCCUCUUGGUGGUGGAGGAUGAGUUUUCAGGGUGGGUGGAAGCCUUCCCGGUGCAGGAGAGGACAGCAGAGGGGGCCGCCGAGGUGCUCUUCAGGGAGGUUUUUGCCCGGUAUGGGACGCCUCUUGUCAUCCGUCUGCCGCAUGCACCGGGCUUCCUCUGGAAUGCCGUGGAGCAGGCGAUGGCACCGGAGCUCCCAUGGGACAUCCAGGAGGCUGGCCAGGCGGGAUCGGCCACGGCAGUCCUGCAGCGGCUGGCCUGGGGGGCUGGCAAGGGGUGGGCGAAGAUGCUCCCACUGAUCCUGGCAGGGAUCAGAUCCAUACGGGCGCAGGAAGCGGUGCUAAGCCCAUACCAAAUUGGCUUCCCUUUGGAGAUGCGGAGGGAAUGUGAGGGGAAAGCCAACCCCCAGGGCAAUGUCUUUUCCCGGCUCAGCCAGCUGCAGGAGGAUGGGGCCCGCUACAAGCACUGGGCCAAAACCAUGCUGUUGAGGAGCUGCCCAAGCGGGGAUGAUCCAUUGUCGUAGCCUCCCGUCCCCUCCAUGAGAUUGCUGUGUGGUGUGGUGUGGUGACAAAAGGGGUGUACUGGGCUUGCUGGGGGGCUUCUAGGCAGGGCUGCGGGGCUUUUAGGCAGGACUAAGCAACGCAUAACCUCUUCUUGCUCCAGUGUGCAAGCACAGGGAGAGAAGACUUGCUGGGUAUACUGGUUUUGACUGAGCUGGAGUUGGUUACCUUCAUAGCAUCCAGCACGGUGCUGGGCUCUCCAGCUGGGAUGGUGCUGCAGGGCUUGUGGGGAGCUGGGACAACUUUUGCUGGGCACUGUGGAAGAUGGUGAGCAAUGGCCUUGGCAUCACUUGCUUUUGUUUCUGUAUUUUCUUUCCAUCCUUUUUCACUUACUCAUUUAUUAAACAAUUUUUACCUCAACCUACAA